AUGGCCUUGGAUGCCGCUUACUACCGACUGCGGUACCUCAGUGUGCCGCCUCCUCACGACUACUUUACCUCCUUCCUGUCGGCGGGAGAUGGUGUGCAGCAAGCGCUGCGGGAGAUGUCCGAGCAUGGGAUGGAUGCGCCAUUGUCCGCGCCGAAGCCGAGGCCAUGCUCGGCCUUGCUGACCGUCAGGAGGACAACCCCCUCCUCGCCCUCCUGCAAGCGCGCUGGCUCGAAUCGAGGGCCUUGCUGCUUCGUCCGGGCCUGCUACCCGCCUUGGCAGAGUGCGGCCCUGGCGAGAAGAGCGAAACCAUGA